ACUGUAAUAAAUGUGUUGUCACGUGUGUUUGUUUACAUCGCUUGAAAACAUUCAAGAUCGACGAUGAAAUGGGUGAAAAUAAUUUAAAUGAAGACGAAUUUCCAACUUUUACUUAUAUUAACGAUUUUAAAGAUCUUAGGGUUCUGAAAACGUGUUUACGGAUGCCAUCAGCAACAUCUACUCAUAUAGCCAAAGAGGAUUUAGAAAUUGCUAUUCAAACAGGAAUUAUAAAAUCCAACAGAAUAAAAUUUCUUGACAUAACGCCCAACCGGACGGCCAUGAAGGAACUUCUUAAGCAUUUAUUUGAAGUUUGCGGUAAGCUUUACGAGGAUAUUCCUGCCGUGUUUCGUCAGUCUCACGUGACCCUAGCCCUGUACCUGAAGCACUGUCUAAUAAACAGAGAGACAAACGUGGAGGAAUUUUCAAGAAGACAUAAAUACGUCCAAUAUGAUGGUUUACUGAAAGAAAAAAGGGAAAAUAAAGUUUUAAGCCACUUUGGAGUUUGAAGACUAUU